CCCUUCUUCGCCUUCUCUCUCAUUCAAUUCUCCAUUGCUUAAAUCCUCAAAUCAUUCUGCAGUGCAGGCGCUGUUCUUACCUGCCUGUUAUUCAUAUACUCACCACCUCUUCUCAACAUUUUUUUGUCGCCAACAGCAUCCCACUAUGGAUCGUAGUCUCGACGAGAUCAUCGCCGAACGUCCGCAGAAGCAACAAUCUCGGGAUCGUGGUCGUCGUCCUCCUCAACCUCGUCGCCGUGAUGGCGUAAGAAAGUCUCACAGAGAAGAGCGCCCCGACUUGGAUCUCGAUUGGGUCCAUGACAAGUACGAAGACGACAGAGAUGCCCGCCCUUCCCGUGCCUCUCGACGCCCGCGCGGUGACCGCUACUCCCCCGAGCACGAAAAUGCGUCUACUGGAGCCAAACUCCGUGUCGAGAACAUCCACUACGAUAUCACCGAGAGUGACUUGGAGGAUCUUUUCACCCGUAUCGGACCCAUUAGCAGCGUUUCCCUCGUCUACGACCGCGCCGGCCGUUCGGAGGGUGUUGCCUUCGUCACCUACAACCGUGUCAGCGACGCCCGCACAGCUAUCAGCGAAUUUGAUGGUGCCAACGCUAAAGGCCAGCCCAUCCGGUUAACACUGAUUGGCAGCGGCAGCGGCAGCGCAAGACGGGACCGCAAUCCGUUCGACCACGUGGAGCGUCCCAAGGGCAGCUUGUUCGACCGCGUGGAGCGGCCUCGCGAUAGGAACGCCCGCAGUCUGAGCCCCGGCAGCAGAAGCGGUAGCCCCGACGGCGGCGCCCGGCGUCGUCGUGGCCGUCGUGGUCCCGGUGGUAGCGCUGGUGGUGGAGGAUACCGCCGCAGCGACGUCACCAAGCCGCCUCCCGAUCACAUCGACAGAUACGUUCCUGGCCAGAGAUCGCCCGCCCGCAGACCCGCGAACGGUGGUGGUAGACGUCAGCAGGAGCGUGACACUCGUGGUGGCGAGGGCCGUCGCACAGCCAACGGUCGACCUCGCAAGACCCAGGAGGAACUCGACGCCGAGAUGGACGACUACUGGGGCGGCAAUGCCAAUGCCAGCGCCGGUGUAGCUGACAACCAGAUUGUUCCCGAUGAGGCGCAGCAGGUCGCCCCUGCGUCUGCGGCUGCUGCUGGAGAUGAUGAUAUUGACAUGAUUGAGUAAAGCGCAGGCUUUGGAUGAGACGUGUGUGGCGAGAAAUGUUCACUGAUUAAGUCAUAACCGCUUGCUUUCUGUAAUUAAGCUGAUGUUUGAAACUUGGUGUGUCGCAUAGACACAGGUUCCGACGGAACUGAAACUGGAAUUGAAAUAAAGCGACCAAGAACGCUUUUUCGUCCCAUCUUGGAGGAAUGGUGUAACUAUUGGCGGCCACCGGUUUGUAUUUGCUAAUCAUACAAAAAUCCUCUAUCGUUCAUUAUGUUAAGAUUUC